AUGGAUGCCGUGUUUGAUAUUUGUUAUCUGACACCCGAUGGUAAUAAUGUUGAACCAGAUGAUAUUCCAAAGACAAAGGAAAGUGUCUGGAUUUUAGGGAAGAAAUAUAGCCCUGUACAAGACUUGGAUCGCAUUAGGCGAGAUAUUACUUCGAUUAUAUGGUGUACUUAUAGAAAAGGUUUUGUCCCGAUUGGCGAUGAAGGUCUUACGUCGGACAAAGGUUGGGGAUGUAUGUUACGUUGUGGGCAAAUGGUACUUGGUGUUGCGUUAACAAGAAUUCAUUUAGCCACAGAUUGGGUAUGGACAGCUGAAACUAGAGAUCCAACAUAUUUGAAAAUCAUUCAGAGAUUUGAGGAAAGAAAACAAGCCCCAUAUUCUAUUCACCAAGUAGCUCUAAUGGGAGCUAGUGAAGGAAAGGAAGUUGGACAAUGGUUUGGACCUAAUACUGUUGCGCAAGUAUUGAAGAAAUUAGCUGUAUAUGACAAAUGGAGCUCUCUUGUGAUACAUGUUGCUUUAGACAAUACAGUAGUUAAAGAGGAUAUUUUACAACAAUGUAGUGUAAACAGUGAUAGAGGUGAUAAUAAUACAGAUGAUGUACACAUUACUGAUUGGAUGCCUUUACUUCUCAUUGUACCACUCAGACUUGGUUUAAGUGAAAUCAAUCCAGUUUAUAUUGAUGGAUUAAAGAUAUGCUUUCAAAGUCCACAAUCUAUUGGUGUAAUUGGAGGUAAACCAAAUCAAGCUUUGUAUUUGAUUGGCUGUGUCGGAGAUGAAGUCUUAUAUUUAGAUCCACAUACUACACAAAGAUCUGGUCUCGUUGAAAAUAAAAUCACAGACGAACAGAAGGAAAUGGAUUGCUCAUAUCAUUGUAAAUAUGCUUCUCGAAUACCAAUUCUCACAAUGGACCCAUCAGUUGCUGUGUGUUUCCUUUGCCGUACGCGAAAAGAUUUUGAUGAUCUCUGCAACACAUUUCAAAGUAGUCUUAUGAAAGAGGCUCAGCCGCUUUUUGAGAUCUGUGACCAAAGGCCUUCUCAUUGGGGACCUAGCACCAACUCGGACAUCGAUCUGCAAAAUACUUUGUUUACAGAAUUUGAAGAUGUGGAUAGACAAUUUGAUGACUCGGAUGAAGAGUUUGAAAUCCUAUGA